CAGUCUCCGCCAUAGAAGCGUCACUGGUCCUGCAAAAAUCAAUACAACACGUACAUGAGUAACUUUUCUCAGCUGCCCAGACUUUUAAUUCUUAAGACUAGGAUACAAUUAUUAUUAUUUCUAUUGCCCUACCAACCUCUUAAAUGCGUUUGAAAAGAUGCUGAACCCUUCUUCAAACGGCGAGUCGUCUCAUGUUGUGGUGAAAUAUGUUGAGGAGUAUUUGGAGCUGGUCGAGUCUUUGCCGCUGGACCUACAGAGAUGUGUGUCUCUCAUGAAGGAAAUAGACGCCAGAUAUCAAGAGAUCCUCAAUGAAUUGGACGAGGCUUACGAAAAGCACAGACAUGAAUCAGACCCUGUGCAGAGGCGGCGUCUACUUCACUGCAUCCAGCGCUCUUUGAUCCGCACUGAAGAACUCGGUGAUGAAAAGAUCCAGAUCGCUGGCCAAAUGGUGGAAAUGGUGGAGAAUCGCAGCCGGCAGCUUGAGUGGCAGGGUGAGAUUUUCCAGGCCUCCCAGGACUCUCCGGAGAGCACCGUGUCGGUGGGCAGCACCCCCAGUGCCGUAGCAACCGUUACUAUGACACCACUUUCUGCUGCGAUGCUGUCGGCCAGUAAGCCGUCUGUGGACCGUAGACGAGAUGAGACCCCGACUUCAGUUGACAAAUCUGGUGGAAAGCGUUCACGCAGGCAGAAAAACGGUUCCGAGAACCGGGAAAACUCCAGUUGCACCAUGGAGCAAAGCGAGGAGGUUGCUUCAGGCACGCCGAAAGAGAAGAAGGCUAAGACGUCAUCCACGUCAUCGAAGAAGAAGAAGAGGUCUAAAAGCAAGCAGGACAGGGAGCCGUCACCGACGGACCUGCCGAUUGAUCCCAACGAACCCACUUACUGCCUGUGUGAGCAAGUGUCCUUUGGAGAGAUGAUAGGGUGUGAUAAUGAAGAAUGCACUAUUGAAUGGUUUCACUUCUCAUGCGUUGGCCUGUACCAUAAGCCCAAAGGGAAAUGGUACUGUCCGAAGUGCAGAGGAGACAAUGAGAAGACAAUGGACAAAGCAUUAGAAAGGUCGAAAAAAGACCGAUCGUACAACAGGUAGUGACACGUGUACCUGGUUGCCAUGCAAUGUUUUUCUAUUCAGGAGUUUAGUACCCAGCUUUGAGAUGUUACAAACUAGAGUUGGUCAUCAGUUAGUAAAUGUAUAUCUUUUAGGGAUAUAUUUGAGAUAGGCUUCACUUAUCAGCUACUUAGUUAUCAACGUUCUACAGUAUUGGAAGUAUCCUGUUCAUCCAACCACAAGUAUAAUGCAUUUUUGUAAAAAUCAUUUUCAACUAUCGGUUUUGUAUUUAUGCUUUGCAUAACUGUACAUAUGUUCAUUAAAAAAAUAAUAAACCAUG